AUGGAAAGCAACUCUGAUCCCUCUCAGACCCUUGACCAAGGACUUUAUACUCCCAAGCGCCUCAGAGGCAGAACCAAUUCCAACUACUUAUCUCAGAGCAGCCAAAAAAACACUUACAGAAAGCCAAGCCACCGAGCAUCAACAACAAAAGAAAAGCCCAAGCGAGUUUGGAAAAAGGUUUCCAAGCAUACAUAUAGCUACGACGAAAUCCUCUCUGUCAAAUCCCAAGAAUCAUCCCAGAUCAAAAGCGACGCAAUUUUAAAAAUUUUAGAUCGCAAAUUAAAAACUGUCGGUUCUGCAUGGCGAAGCACCCCACAAAAAUUAAAAUCCAGCAACGACGAAUUGACGAAGAACUUUAAAUCCCUUUUAAAUAAGCUAGCCCCUACAAAUGCAGAAUCAAUUCAAAAUAAGCUUCUCGCUUUGCUUUCUCCUGAAUCAUCAGAAAGUCUCAGCCUUCUAAUUCUAGAAAAAGCAUCAGCUGAAGGGAAAUAUGCAGAAACCUAUGCGAAGAUGUGCGUAGAAAUUUCAAGGCAGAUUUCUUAUUUCAGGAAUAAUCUACUUACUGCUUGUCAAGUAAUGUUUGAAAAUUCUCAUGAGAAUGGGGAGUUUUCGGACAGAAAAAAGGUGCUGGGGUGUGUGAGAUUUAUUGGGGAACUGUUUAAGGCAAAAUUAAUUCCGCCAAAAAUUAUUUGCAGCUGCUGCAGUUAUAUGCUUGAGCUUGGAUCUGAAGAUUCAAUAGAGGCUUUGUGCUAUUUAUUAAGUGUGUGCAAUUCUUUAUUUGCUAGUCCAAGAUACAAAGAAACUUUUCAUCUGUAUGUGGUCAAAUUGCAAGAACUUGCGAAAAAUUUGAGCUCAAGAUUGAGGUUUCAAGUACUUGAUUUGUCUGAAAAUAAAGAAAUCAAAACAUUGGCGAUACAAAAAGCUGAUGCGCCAGCAAUGCUUCCAAAAUAA